AAUGUUCCGGUUUCCUUUCCUUCAGUGCUAAGAUGGCGGACCGGCGACGACGAAGGAGGCGCGCGUCUCAGGACAGCGAGGAGGAGGACGAAUCUGCCUCUGGUUCGGAGGGUGAAAGACCAUCUUCUCCUGGAGCAAAGACCCGUGUAAAGGAACCUGAGCCCGUGGAGUCGCCAUCUGUUCGAGUUGUGAAGAAGAGCGAUGACGAAUCGGAGUGUGAAAGUGAAGAUGGUGUAGGUGAAGCGGUGUUAUCAGACUAUGACAGUGCAGAUCCUGAGGAGAAUGGCUCACAUUCAGAGGGAGGAGAAGAGGAUGAGGACGAGCCAGAGGAAGAUGCAUCUCGGCCCGCUGAAGCCCCCGUUGCCGAACCGGAUGGCCCCGUUGUGGAGCUCGAGGCGGCAGAAGCAGAGGUUGAGGGUGUGGUGGAGGUGGUGGUGGAGGAGGAGGAGGAGGUGGAGGAAGAAGAAGAAGAAGGUGAGACUGUAGAGAAAGAGGCCAAGACGGAGGACAAGAGCAACCUCGCCGGAGAAAGGCAAAGUGGAGACGGCCAGGAGAGUACAGACGACCCUGAGAAUAAGGGCGUGGGCAAAACGGGCCAGAAGUUGGACGACGAUGAGGAUCGUAAAAACCCUGCGUACAUCCCCCGCAAGGGCCUGUUCUUCGAGCACGACGUGAGGGGCCAGACACAGGAGGAGGAGAGGCCUAAAGGUCGCCACAGGAAGUUGUGGAAGGACGAGGGACGCUGGGAGCACGAUAAGUUUCGAGAAGAGGAGCAAGCACCCAAGUCCCGCGAGGAGCUGGUCGCCUACUACGGCUACGAUAUCCGCAACGGCACGGGACCCAGCGAAGGACGACAAUACCGCCCACGCAAGCCCAGGCACGGCUCUCCCCCGUCCCGUGACAAGCGUUACCGAGACCUACCGUCUGAGAAGUUUGUGCCUCGCUCCUGGCAAGGCGCCCGCAGUGCCCCUCCUCUCCCGGGGCCCCAGUCCUCGGGCCCUCCGCACGGCCCCAGCCACCCGGCCCCCUCCGGCCCGCGCCCCUCCGCCCCCAGGGUCUCCUCCUCCCACCCCUCGGCCAGCCUCGCCGGGCGAGGCUUCCAGGCCGGCCGCCUGCAGCAGCAGCUUGGCCUCCACCGGGGCGAGGGCCGCGGCGAGAGGGGCCCCAACGGUGCCGGUCCCCGCUCCCAGCGGCCGCAGCACGUGGAUGGGGAGCGCGGCCCGCGGCUGAGGGGAACCAGGGGCCCUGGGCCUGGGCUGCAGUCGGAGCGUAGCCCCUCGGUGGUGGUGGAGGACGUAAGGCACCUAGGCGACGUGGACGACGACGACGACCUGGAUGACGAGGGGCCUGCCAUCACCAUGACGACCACCUUCACCAGCUCCAGCUACAGCCACUACAGCAAGGCGGAGCGCGACAUUGCUGUGGCGGCUACUGCCGCGGCGACGGCCCCAUCGUUACAGUUCUCGCGGCGACAGCAGCAGCAGGACCCCUUGCCCUCUUCCCAGCAGCAGCAGCAGCAGCAGCAACUACAACAGAGAGGCACUGGCGGCAGCGGUGGAGGGGCGUCCGAUUUCCCAGCAUCCUUGGUGGGCCGGGACUCGUCGCCGCCCCCCGAGCGGCCGGUGGAGAGGAAGUCGUACUCGGCUGCCCGCAGGACUCGAGUGCGGCCCUCGGACAUGGGCAAACAGGCGUCUCUGGACGAGCCUGUGCUCCCGCAGACCUCAGCGCCCCCUGCUGGAGGUGGCGGUGGCAGUGGCGGUGGCAGUGGCGGGGGGAUGAAGGGCGACCACUGGCAGGGCGGGCAGGGGGAGAGCGGAGCCCCAGGCCCCCUCACAGGCCUGGACCAGGACCUCGCCCGGCUCAGCCUGGCCGGACAGAACUGGGCCCAGAGCCCGCCGUCGUACUUGCGCACAGACUUGAGGGGUAUUCCCAGCUCUAUGCACAUGGGUGGAGCGCCACCACCACCACCAUACGCCAACAUGGAUGAGAUGGGUGUGGGAGGAGGCCGGGCGAAGCGCUACUCGUCCCAACGGCAGCGGCCGGUGCCCGAGCCGGCGCCUCUGCACAUAGGAGUAAUGGAGGGCCACUACUUCGAACCCAUGUCUUACCAGGGACCAAUCUACGCCCACGGCGACAGCCCCGCUCCCAUCCCGCCCCAGGGCAUGCUGGUCCAGCCAGAGAUGCACCUCCCACACCCGGGCCACCCAGGUCUCCAUCCUCACCAGUCGGGCGGACCCAUGCCCAACCCUGCCCUCUACGCCGCUCCGCCUGUUUCCAUGUCGCCGGGGCAACCGCCGCCCCAACAGCUCAUGGCUGCCCCCUUCUACCCGCCCCCCGGGGUCAUGACCUUCAGCAACACCAACUUCCCCUACUCCCCAGGGGCCACGCUGCCCCCCAUGUACCCCAACCCACAGGCCCAGUCCCAGGUCUACGGGGGAGUGACGUACUACGACACGGUGCAGCAGCAGGCCCAGCCCAAGCCCUCCCCACCCCGCCGCUCCUCCCAGCCCGUUACAGUCAAGCCGCCCCCGCCAGAGUAUCCCAGUUCUCUGUAGUGCCCCCAAGGACCGGGGAGGUAAACAGAGUGAGGAGGUGCGCUCUUAGCCCCCAGCAAGACGACGCGGGGCCAGGCUGGGCACGAGGUCGGCGUUCGAGGACCAGCACCACUUGUGGAUGAACAGAUUCAUUCUCCUCUUUUGUUCCAUUUUUAACUCUCAUUCUUAGUAAUAUGUUGCUAACUUUGUUCCUUUUUAUUUGAUAAAAGAUGUUUGUGUUGUACAUUUGAGUUCACUCGUCCCUUAAGCCCCACCGCCCUGCCCUACUCUUGGUUUUAACUCCUCUCUUUCUCUUGGCGUGCUCUCAUCUGAGCUGCACACUCUCCUUCCCUCCUUCUGUUGUUAGUCUGCAUUUUGGUGGUGACUCGCUGGCAUGACAAGUGUAUCAGGAUCAGGAGAGAUCUGACGUCAACCCAAGGGGAGCUAAGGUUGGAGAAAGGUGAAAGUGGCCUAAUGGUGACACUGUAAAUUAGCCUGCCAUUGCCACAUCACCAAUGCACCUCUGCGUCGUCAGAUGGACCUAAUCCAUUAGUAUGCCCCCUUUGAGCAGUGGGUCGCUCUUGAGUUUGAAUUUGAGUCUGCUGUCCUUAACUUGGACAAGGCCUCCCUGUCUCUCUUGGUUGUAAGUCGACUCAGUGGGAUUUGUUCCGGAAUUCUCUUCCAAGUCACAGUAUCUUGGCAGUGGGAUGAGGGAGGCAAGUGUUUACUGUAUAAUACCUUUAAACAAAUGGGAUUGAUGGGUUUUGGCUGCUCAGUCCUCGACCACUCUCUGGCCUCCAUAGUCACUAUGCCAGUAAGGUCUAAGAGUGGAACAUGUGCUUAGUGAAGAAGGAUUCUCUGGACAGUCCUGUGUAACACUAGAACAUCACUACACACAUCUGAUACUGUCACACCUUACACCACCAGUGUUUGUCCGUGAAGAGUUUUAGAGAGAGAGGUGGUUGGUCCCAGUUGUUGUGGUCAACUAUGUUUUCAUUGAAAUGAAAGGAUAAAAUGGAGAGUAUUAAGUGUAUUUAAGGAGAAAGUAGAGGUGUAGUUGUUUGUCCAAGUGGUGUUUCAGGAAACGAUGGCAUCAAGUCCUGAUAAUUUGGCCGUUUACCCCCACGGUUAUUGGUGCUUAAUGUAAACAUCCCUUUAAUCAGCCCUACUCUCUAGAAUAGUCUCUAGAAUUAAAUGCACAUUAAAUACUUGACCAAUUCCCCCACAGUAUGGUUCUAUGGAAGGCGAUGAUGGCGCUAGCAGUAGCAUGUAGCUGAGGCCGAUCCUCCCCACUAUAGAGGUGGUGGGUUUCUCUCUUUCCGUUUCCCUUCUGUUAACUUCCACCUUGUGCUGUGUGGAGUUGAAAAUACUGUAUUAUCAGAGUAAAACCCGUUAACCUUUUGGCUGAAACUGAAGUACUUGACAGUGCAACUGCUUGGUUAUAACGUUUUUAAUGUAAGUGUGUAUAGAUAAGUGUAUAUUGAAGCCUGUGGUUUAUUGAGCUGUAAUACUUUUGUUGAUUAUUUCUUUUUACAUUUGUUUCUAGUUACCCAAGGAGUACUGUCAGCUUGAGCUAAAUCGUCAGGAAAGCCCUGGCCUAUUCAUUUUCGUUGGUCUUAUAUUUGUAAUGAUGGGGGGGGUUGGUUAAAAUGAUUGGAGAAAAAAGUAAUAAAAGAGUGACCGUAUUGUGGCCAUAGUCAAAGAUGGCAGCCCCCUUUCUAUUACGCUAAAAAAUAGAAACUGAGGCUCAUCUAGAAGCCCCUUGUUUCCCCAAGGGGGUGAGGUUGCUUCGGAAUUGUACCUUUGCCUUUCACUAAUGCUGUACAGACAUGCAUGAGGAUAAAUAUAUUUCAUUGUAAAAGCAAUUGUAGUGGGGCGUCAGGGGCUGAAAGCUGUUAUAUUCUAUCCCCAUGCAGGGGCAUACAGGAUGCUAAUGUUAUUUUUCUUUAUUAAGUAAGCAAACAAACAAACAAAAAAAGAUGAAAUUAGUUUCCUCCCUCCUAUGUUCCACAGGAAACCUAACAGUAUGUAAACAGAAAUAGUUGCAAUGUUUGUUCUGUGUUGAUUAGCUAUGACUGAUUAAUUUUAAGAGUAAUUUAAAAUGUAUUGCGUUUAUGCCUUAAUGAUGGAAUCGGUUUAACAUAUCUUUGGUUUUGUUUCGAAUAGACCUGCCAACACUGUGAGGCUGUGUGCUUGUUUCGUCAGUGGUCGAAUAUACAAGUUUUUUUGUUUUCUUUUUUUUUGUGGAGAAAUUUGUCAGGAGGACUAUUAAAAAAUUCAAAUCCGAAA